AUGGCCCCUCGUGUCUCUUCCAAGACCUACAAGGUCCCCCGUCGCCCCUUCGAGUCCGCCCGCCUUGACUCCGAGUUGAAGGUUGUCGGCGAGUACGGCCUGCGCAACAAGCGUGAGGUGUGGCGUGUCCAGCUCACCCUGUCCAAGAUUCGUCGUGCUGCUCGUGAGCUCCUCACCCUCGACGAGAAGGACCCCAAGCGUCUCUUCGAAGGAAAUGCCCUCAUUCGCCGUCUGGUCCGCAUCGGUGUGCUCGAUGAGUCCCGCAUGAAGCUCGAUUACGUCCUUGCCCUCAAGGUCGAGGACUUCCUCGAGCGCCGUCUCCAGACCUGCGUCUACAAGCUUGGCCUCGCCAAGUCCAUCCACCACGCCCGUGUCCUCAUCAAGCAGCGCCACAUCCGCGUCGGCAAGCAGAUCGUCAACGUUCCCUCGUUCAUGGUCCGUCUUGACUCCCAGAAGCACAUUGACUUCUCCCUCACCUCUCCCUUCGGUGGUGGCCGUCCCGGUCGUGUGCGCCGCAAGAAGGCCGCUGCCGCCGCUGGCGGUGACGGUGACGAGGAGGCCGAGGAGGAUGAGGAGUAA